CGGCACUGUUGGGCGUGAGAAGCGAAUGUUCAGUCGUCUGAUCCUGGACACAGCCUGCAGCUUCUUCCUGCCCCCCUUCAGCUUCCAGAUCCGAGUGGGAGGACUCUACCUGCUGUACAGCUUGUAUCAGUGUCAGACCGCCUCGCCGCCAGAGCUGAUCCGUCUGGCGCUGAAGGACUGGGAGGACGUGCAGAAGUUUGAGAAGGACGCGGCGAGCGCUAAGCACGUCGACGUCGUUUACAUCCUCCGACAGCUGAUGUCACACAAAGCGUUCUACUUCACCGCCAUGCCCACUCUGCUCUUCUACAAAAAGAAGAGGAAGCUGGAGAAGUCGCCGUUGUGUGAGGAGUUCAUGGAGCGAGCGUGUCGUCCGCAGGAGCUGAUCAACAUCGAGCUGCUGGAUGAACUGUCCAACAUUAAUCAGCUCUACGACAAACUGAAGACGUCCGUCUUCUCGACGGCAGAACAUGAGGCUUCGUCCGUCAACCUGAUCCGUAAAGACUUUGUCCCUCAGCUCCGCGGCACCGUGGUGGAUUUCUACAAGUGGCAGCAAAAGAAGGAUGCCGUUGAUGAAGAUAAAGACAGCGGUGAGGGAACAUCAUCUCAGCAGGAGUGUUCCCAGAGAGCGCUGCUCCUCGCCUCCAUCAAAUCAAAGGCGUACGGAGAGGCAACAGAGGCUCCCAAGUCCCGGCGCCAUCGGCAGGUGGAGGUGGACUUGACGAGUCAUGAGGCCGGACCCUCGCACUCGUCCCGUUACUGCAGAAUCCACAAACCGUCACUCAAAGCCAGAACCACCAAGAACGUACAUGUCUCCGGUGACCUGUGGAAAGAAGCCAUUUCGACCACUUACGUGAAUCGUCUCACUUCACUGGACUUUGAUCCUGAGGAAAUACGAGACCGCUCCCAGAAAAGGUCAAGUCGCGAUGAAGACGGCGUUGGAGUCGACCUGUCGUCCUGAUCGGAGCUGCUGUUCAGGAGAGUUUGAUGUUUGUUUUAAAAUGUUAGUAGAGCUUUUAUCAUUGUAAUGAAAGAAUCUGCACUACCAGUUCUGUGACAUAGGAAAUGUUUUUCACAUUUUAAAAUGCUUUAAUUUAUUUUUUAAUGGAUAAAACUGUUAAAAAAAGAAUAUUGUUGUGACUCUGUUCGCUUUGUUAAAUGUAAACGGCUUCAAAAACUCAUCAAAGCUGAAGAAAAUCCCUGUUUUCAUCACCGAGCUGCACAUUUGAACAAUUACACAAAUGUCAGUCUUUAUUGUUUACAUACAUGAGACCAAAUUUGUCCUCUGCAUUUGACCCAUCCUAUAUACAUUACUAUAUACAUUACUAUAUACAUUACUAUAUACAUUAGGAGCAGUUAGGUGCCUUGCUUAACCUCAGCAGUGCACAAGAGGUGGAAGUUUAUCAGGUAAAAUGACUAAACAUUUUCUUUAUAAACUUAAUUUCUCUGUGAAAGUAGAUUUAAAAAAUUGUUUAUUUUUGUUUCUGGUGUUUUUUCAAGUUUGGCUGUUUUAUAUAAAAUCCUAUUUUUUAAUACUUGA